AGAACAUGACAAAAUGUCAGAUUGACAGAUAUGGCUGAUAUAUUAAGGUAAUAUUUUAUAUAAUAUAUUUUUAUAUAAAUGAUACGGAUAAUUUCCUGAUUUAGCUAGAAAAAACUGUAACAAAUACAUAUCUAUAUGGGUUUUAUUUGAUUCAGACCGGGGGUAAGAUAAUCUGGAGCCGACGAUCGUGUAAUGAGGUGGUGCCAAUAAUUUCUAUACAGUUACGUACCUGUAGUAGUAUUUUGUGAAUCUCAAUAGUUUUACGUAGUUAAAAGACAAUUUAGGUAAACAAAAUGAAAGGAAGGGAAAAGUUAUGUGCAAAACUAUCCAGUGCUUUCCUAAGGAAAUGGUGGUUCGUCGUAGCUAUAUCACUAGGAUGUGUAUUCUUUGGAAUAAUAAUAGCUGUUUUCUUUAAUAGCUGGGUUAAUUUAAUAAUAAAUUCACAAAUUCAGUUAGUAAAUGGUACACAAACGUUCGGUUGGUGGGCCAAACCUCCAGUAGAGCCUAAGAUAAGGCUUUAUAUCUACAACGUUACCAAUGCUGAUGAAUUUCUUAACAAUGGAUCAAAACCUAUCGUCAACGAAUUGGGUCCAUAUGUAUACAAAGAAAGAUGGGAAAGAAAAAAUAUUACAAUACACGACAACGGAACUCUUACAUUUAACCUACAGAAAAUUUACCAUUUCGACAAAGAAUUGUCUACAGGUAGUCCAGAUGACCUAGUUGUUGUGCCAAAUAUUCCUAUGUUGAGUGCUACAUCCCAAUCCAAACAUGCCGCCAGAUUCCUCAGGUUGGCCAUGGCCAGUAUUAUGGAUAUUCUGAAGAUUAAACCCUUCGUAGAAGUAUCAGUUGAACAGUUGCUUUGGGGUUAUGAAGAUCCCUUACUUAAAUUGGCUAAAGACGUUGUUCCUAAAGAACAGAAAUUACCCUACGAAGAAUUCGGUCUUCUUUAUAAGAAAAAUGGUACUUCCGUAGAUAAUAUUACGAUUUUCACAGGAGUGAACGACAUAACAAAGUACGGUAUUAUUGAAAGUGUCAACGGAAGAACUAAUUUAAGUCACUACGGUACAGAUCAAUGUAACAGCCUUGAAGCUUCUGAUGGCUCUAUCUUUCCUCCACAUAUGACUAAGAAUACCACUUUGUACAUUUUUGACAAGGAUCUGUGUCGAAGAUUGCCAUUAGUAUUCGACAAAGAGGUUCUAGCAAGUAGUAAUGAAGUACCUGCUUAUAGAUUUACCCCACCUAAAAAUGUAUUCGGAAGUGUAGAGGAAAACCCAGAGAACGCCUGCUUCUGUUCUCAGGGUCCACCAUGCACACCAUCUGGAUUCUUCAACGUAUCGCUCUGUCAGUAUGACUCACCAAUUUUACUAUCUUUUCCUCAUUUCUACCUCGCUGAUGACAAAUAUAGAACUGCAUUGGAAGGAGUAUCCCCACCUGAUCCAGAAAAGCAUAGCUUUUACAUGGAUGUUCAACCUGAAAUGGGCUCAGCGAUGUCUGCUAAAGCUCGUAUCCAAAUCAACUUGGCUGUUUCUCAAGUAAUAGACAUAAAACAAGUUGCCACAUUCCCAGACAUCAUAUUCCCCAUCUUGUGGUUCGAAGAGGGCUUGGAUUCUCUUCCACCAGAGAUGACCGGUCUUAUGAAAAUCGCCACGACAGCUCCACCAAUAGCCAAAGUGGUCAUAUCAGUCUCACUGUUUGUCAUUGGAAUCGUUCUACUCAUUAUCGCCAUCUGGAGGCUAGUUAGAGGUGCAAAUAGGCUAAGUUCACUCCACUUAGCGCCUGGACAUGUUGGACAAUCCACCAAGACCAAGGAUGUCCCCAUGGCGAAUGUUCCAAAAUACUAAAACAUAUUAGAUAAUAGAAAUGGUGGUUAAAAAUCGUUUUCAAAGGUAGUUCCUGGUGUACAAAAAAAGACAUGACAAUAUACUGUUGUUUUCGAACAGAGAUAUAUUAAAGUUUUUAACUAUUUUAUUUUCCUUUAAUAUUUUUAGUUUAGUCUAAUUUUGUCGAUAUUAUGUUCUGACCAGGAAAAUCAUUUUUUCCUUUACUGUAAAUAUCAUAAAAAAAUUAUAGAAAAUUUC